AUGGAACGGUUGCGCUGCGAAAGUGGGGCGUUGAGCGAUGUGAGCGAGUUCGCGGCGAGCGAAGAGGUUGCGCUCAUGCACGCGCUCUCCGAGUCGGUUGAGGAAUUCUCCGUGAGCGGCGAGACGUCGCGGGUGAGUUCGCCCAUGGAUGGUUUAAUCGUCGAGCUGUACCGUUCAACGCUUGAGCGAUGCUCAGUUCUUUUGCGUCAAAAGCUCGGGAAAACGGCGAUGCGAUUGGGAGAGGUGCCACGGCUGAUGGCGCAGUUGUGCUUGGAGGCGCUUAACACGAACACAGAGAUCCGCGUGACGGAUCGCAUCGUUUUGGAAUGCGAAAGGGCGUGCACGCUUCUCGGGCCGCAUUUAACGGAUAAUGAGUAUAAGUUUAUCGCAGGCGUCGUCGCAGUCUUCGUCAAUUCGUCAGAUUGGACCGAAUUGUCGGGCGAAACGUCGUGCGCCCUCGCGAGCGCACUGUACACAGUGGCUGUUUCGAGCACGGAAAAUGCACGCAAGAUCGAUUCAUCUUUCGCUUUAUUCCCUCGCAAAGCAGUGGCAAAGAGUGUGUUGAUUAGACUCUGCGGCAGUGAUUUAGACGUUCGAGAUUCCGUGGUGAAAUUUCUGGAAGCAAUGAUGAGCAACGACGACGUAAAUGAUGAAUCUCACGGGUGCGUGACCGGACUGCUCGCCACGGUUCUAGGAGAGUUCCCCGAUUCGUUCCUAUUGGAUGAACGCUUCACGGUGGCGAAAGCGAAUAAAUUGAUUUUAGACUCUGCCCCAUUGACGCUGAUUCGACUUGGUUUAGGCUGCCAGCGCGACGGACCGACUUCAAUUGCGGAGUGCCUUCUUGCGACUUUGGAACGAGCGAAACUAUUCGCCGGAGAAGAUGCAAAGAUUUUAAGAUUUAUUCCUGCCAUACGGAUGGUAAGCUUUGUGCUGCGUGAAAGGAAAAACGCGAAUCACGAACUGGUGUCGAUGCCGCUCGUCGAACAGCUCGCUGCCGCUCAUAUCACGCCGACGGAGACAAAUGACGCUCAACUCGCACUUCGGGACCAGGCAGAGGACGAUUUAGAAGCUGCGAGUGAGAACGCUAGGACCGUUGCCUUGAACCUUCAAGACGAGUUGGGAAAUUUAUUUGCGAUGCCAGAAAAUCUACUGGAUGACAAUCCAUCGGAUGAACUGCUCGAAAGCCGACUUGCGCGCUUGGAUGCGGUCCUUGACGCUGCCGUUGCGACGCUCGCCGUCGACCGACCUUCAGGUGAAGAAUCCGCACGUAACACGCUCCCACAGCUUUGGGGGCGCCUUGUCGCGCAAGAUGAAGGAAAUCGCGACCGCUUGCGCGACCGAAUACUGUUACCACACGACGAUACGAACGACGGGGCAGAGCCGAACGAUAUGACGGACGUAUCAUCUGGGCUCUGUACGUUCGUGACAAGUGGUGAGUCGUUUCAAGAACAGCAUUGGUAUUUCUGCUAUGACUGUAAUCUUGUUGCAAGCCGUGGAUGCUGCAGCAACUGCGCGAAAACCUGUCAUUCGGGACAUCGAGUGGCGUACUCUAGAAAGUCAAGAUUUUUCUGCGACUGCGGUGCGGACGGUGCGACUCCAGCGCCCCAACACAGAUGUUAUUGUUUAAACGGACGCGACUUGGAAGACGUAAAUGCACGUCGAACAACGUCAGAAAAGGCGGCCGAUCGCUUCGAAAUAGAUCCAGGCAGUGAUUCUGAAGGUGAAGAAUCCAUGGAAGAAUCUUACGAGCCGAACCUCGCUCGACGUCUUUGCUCUGUCUCAGCGCUCGAAGCGCUUAAGAUGGCUUUGCAAAAAGCGAAAGUGCAGGACAAGUUAGAAAGUGUACUCGUAUCGUGGUUCAGGCCGUUACAUGAAGACGAUGUUACACGAGUAGACCAAAGCUUGGCUGAUGAUGGUUUGGAGAUCAAAGUCAAAGACACUGACGCCACGCUACACGUCGCUCGUAAUUUCAAAGCUGGAUCCUUCGAAGUCGGACCGGUACCUAGCAAAGCACAAGUACAAGAGUUACUGCUUUCCGGUGUCAUUGUCAGAAAUACCGCAGCUUGCUCGAGAGAUGGGCAUCUCGCCAUAGCGGAAGGCGACAAGCUUUCAAUUCUGGACGCGAAUAUCGUCGUAGGCGCGCAACCGACGAAUAGCGAGAAUAAGGCAGUUCGACUCGGAGAUAAGGUUGGUAUCAGACCAUUGUCUAGGAAUUUGAUUGGUUUCGAGGUGAUGAAGGUUCAAUUCAACCAUAUGAACAAAGAUUACCUCGCCGUUGUCGGUUUACACGAGGUGCAAAUAUGCACACUUGGCCGAGGCGGAGAAAUUCUCGACAGGUUGCGACUUGGAACCCCGGCGGGUGAGCAUGAUUUUGAGCUCAUCAUAGACGCUUCUUGGGUUUCGAACUCUACGUAUUUGUUCUCCAUCACUGGACAGCACUCAACUAGUGUGUAUGACCUGAGUUGCGAUGCAUACACACCCGUGUGUACAAUUUCUACUUCGCCGGCUUGCAUCACUUCGUCAGCGUGGUUCGCCUCUGCACUCCGUGGUCAUGUAUGCAACGCAAUGACAACGAGUGAAAGUGAUGUGCAUGUGCAAGAAGUGCGAAUGAAACAGGCAAACGAGAUCGUUCAAUUGACUGAGUCGAGUAAAAUCGACAUUCAAAAUACGAAUGGUGCGCAAGCUGUCAUGCACUCAGAAACGCACGACGUUAUCAUCGUCAGCACGAACGACGGUGAAGUUAUCAUUUCGUGUGUCGAACGAAACGAGGAAAAUAAAGUGACCGUCGCAAUGCUCAAUAAAGCUAAGCUGAAUGAUAGUCAUCACUCAUUUAGGGUGUCAGAUUUCUGUUUACCAAACAAACCGGGUCCAGAUGCAACGUUGCAAAUUCCUGCGCAAGUUUUUGUCAGUACGGAUUCCAUGGGCGAUUCUGCUGCACUACUGGUGUUUGAUGGUUUAGAAGCGAGCAUAAUCUCCAUACCUCCUUCUUCUGCAAGCGUCGUUGGUCAUGUGGGAUAUCAGAAAACGGGAUCUGGAGAAUUUCCAUCUGCACUGAUCAUUUUGCGCAGCGAUGGUUCGAUGCAAAUCAACUCUUACGAAGCCGUGAAGUCGUCACCUACGCCGAAAAGUCAAUUCUUAGAAGCACGUACUGAAGAAGUUUCGACGAGUGUGACGAGAUUUCCGUACGACUUUUUUGAGAAACUUGCCAAGGUAACGUCGAAUGUUGACUUCGGCGGAUCUUUCAAUCGAGGAUCACUUCCGGCGGCGUUGCGUGGCGUCCUACAAUCAGACGACGGUUACAUAGAAUCGGCAAAUUCUGACGAUGCACAUUUAACAUUGGAGUUAGGAGGCGGAGAUCUACGUGUUAUUCGAGGCGUUCGAAUUCAUGUUGGCGGUAUGACGGUGCAGUCUCAUGCGCCUUCAAAGCUCAUCCUUCCUGGGGGAAGAGUGGUCAAAUUUGAACGCGAAUCAAAGAGAUGGUACGACGUGCCGUUCACAUGCUCAGAGUCUAAUACCAUCAAAAGUAGUACGCAACCGCUAAAGCUCAAAUUUGUUGCUGAGUCUGUGAAUCAGCUAUGCAUACGUAUCGACCGAAUGGAGGUGUAUGCGUGCAACGAGGAUGUAUUUGAAGCAGACAUGAAAGUUGAGCGUGAUAGCGAAACUCAGGCGAUUGAUGAUGCGCUUGCAUCUCACGUGAGUCGUGCUAGGCGCCACUUGGUUCGUCAAAAGGAUAGUGAGAUCACAGAUUCUUCAGCGUGGCUGAGCGGUACGACUUCAAUCAUCCAGGCGCUGCGACACUGCGAGCUUGACUUGAAAUCGAGCAAGCUGCGCGUGUGCUACGAAUCAAUGUUGAGGAAAAGGCAAUUUGUUACAUUGGAAACCCCAGCACAUCGUUCAGCGAAGUUUAUCGCCUGGAAAGUAUUGAGUGUCCACACUCGCGAUAAUACGCUGACAGCAGUUAACAUCAAAGAUAACUCAACGUUAUUAUUCGGUCACAAGGUUGCCGAACGCAUCUGUCCUCGAAUUUUGAAGCGGCCGAUGAGUGUCUCAGACGACGACCUUUUUGAGUUCUAUUGCGCGAUGCGAAAACUUGGCCGUCUCGCAAUCCGACGUCCAAACGCAUUGUUGGACUCAUCUCCUUAUUUAGCCACAUUGGCAAAUAGUGCGACUGCGAUGCUCCAUGUUGGCGCUGGAGCAUGGGAUGCCGACGAGAUCGUACCUCACAUCGUGCACGCUCUCAUCGCUGUGCUCACUCAUGAACGUGACGCCAAUCUUGUCGAAUCUGUCUUAAAACUCAUCAAAUCCGAUCGCGAGGACGUUCGCGCCGCGGCAUCAGACACAUUGCUUUGGCAUCUGACCACGAUCAGUGGAAAUGAGCGCUUGAAUUUAGAUCAAGCAAGGUGUAUUUUCGUUCCCAAUCCGGCGUUCAAACGAGACAAGUGCGCGAAAGCGAACGGCAUCCGAGACCUUGUAUCGGCUAUCAUGCAGCUCAACGACGACGUGUUGUACCGUUCGCAAGCUACACUUGUUCGAUCGCUGUCUGAAGCAUACUCAGAAUGCUUAAAUCCAGAUUUAUGCAAGCUGCCGCCCCUGCGUGGAGACAUUCUUGAGUACGACGCAAUUACUUGGCGCCUCGCAAUUGCGGCUGAAUGCUCACAGUUACAGGAGAUCACAACGAAAGACGCACGCGAGGCUUUUUUGCACUCGUAUGCGUUGACGUGCGAACUUUUAAGACGCAUCGAUUCGUACGAUAAAGAAGAGAUGCCGGCCGAAAAAGGAUAUGGAGCUUUGCUCCAACAACAAGUUCCCAUGAAGAACGUUCGAGACGUCGCCAUCAAUGCUCUCGAUUCUACAAUUCUCCAUGCCUCAGCGAAUGCUCGCAAGCUCGAUCUCAGUACUUUACCUGCGCGUGAGAAAAGUGAGUGGCUCCAAGUUCUCGCCCGCGUGUCCGCGCUGACACCAGAAUGUCCUUCCGAAAAUGCUAUUUCUAUGAUCAAACAACUCGCUGGCGACGAAGAGGGCGAGGUGGCUCUUCUAGUUCGAGCUGGAGAGUUGUUGAAUUUAGCACCAGUUCUCCGGAAGCUCGUGAGUGGAAAUUUUACUUCACAUUGGUAUGUUGAUGAAGUAGCGUAUGAUGAGCUGAUGGAAGUGAAAGAUGCUAUUUUUAAAGUUACGCAAGUAGCGAAGGCGUGUCGUAAAAGCUUGCGAUAUUUCCUCGAGCAUGUUGAUUUUGCGGUCGAGUUGGUUGCAGCUUUGAUGGAAGCAGUGCCGCAGCUUCCGGCGGCUUUCGCCACAAGCGUAUGUGACUUAAUAUCGCACAUCAUCGAGUCCUACCGAGACUGCGAUGAGAACGAUCAUCAUCGCAGAACUUCAAUCAUGCGAGAAAUAGUCCAACACUUGGAUGUUGUCGUCAACAAGUGUGGACUCCUUGCCGUUGAAUCGGAUACACGUACUGCCGCAACGCGCAUCUUAAAAGCCAUGUGGUACUCUUGCGAGACGUAUCGAGAUGACGUAAUGCGAGUGUUGAUGGUACUGAUGGAAAGCAUGAGGAACUACGGGCAUCGAGCGAAUGAGCUCCUGGAGUUUACGAAGAGCAUCGUGAUGACUGACACGGAUGCCAUCGCUAUGUUUGAGACAAGCAUUGAAAAAUUCUGCCAAGGCGUUAAAGACACGUUAUUGAGAGUCAGCGAUCAUCCACGUGCAGAUCUUUAUCGAGCGCUGCAGCAACGUCAGCUUUUACAAAGUGACGCGUCUGACAAGUACUGGUUGGAGUCAGAGCCAAGUAUGCGCGACGUGACGUCGUACAUUGCAUGCCAUGAGUUCACAGAUCAUACACUCGAUAGCCUGAAGAAGAGCCAAGCUUUCACAAAAAAUAGUGCGAUGACAAAAUUACGUGAAUCGAUGACGAUCCAGUCGAUUUCUAUGAACGUGACGGAGCUUAAACGCUAUAUUCAUGUCAAGGAAGUUGAAGUUUGGCGUACGGAUGCGAACAAGGAUAUAAGCUCCAUGCGCACUUUUGAUUCCUCUCGUUGGCAAUUGCUCGGUACACUGAAGUUUUCUGCUUCAGCGCACAUCGCCGAGCUUGAAUUUGAAAUUCCGGUCGAUGCAUCCGCUCUGAACUUUGUUUUCAAAUCUUUCCACGAGAGUGUUCAAGCAAAGAUGAUGACCAUGUUACACUGUCCUCGAUGCGCUCGGCAAGUGACAGACACAAAACAUGGCAUCUGCACCAAUUGCCGGGAGAACGCGUAUCAAUGCCGUUACUGUAGAAACAUCAACUAUGAGAAGAUUGAUGCUUUCAUAUGCAGCGAGUGUGGGCACUGUCGGUACGCCAAGAUUCAGACAACAUUGAGUGCACACCCGACGUUGUGCACACGGUAUCCAAAACUGCUCAGCAGCGAUGAUCUCGCCAACGCAGUCGAGGAGCUGAAACUGCAGACGGAAUCUAUAAAGCGUGUCACUGACUGUAUCGAAAGCACAGAAAGUUCGUUAAGACGAGUGCUUUUCGAGCAAGGUGAGGGAUCUGGAGAUGUUGAGCACAUGUUCAAAGUUGUGGGCAGAGGUCGAAGAAUGGAAUUCAUCGCCGCAAAUUACAAGUGCGGCGCAAUUCACGACGCGAUUUUGCGAUUCUUAUCAAAAGCAAGUUCGGAAGAUGAAACGGAUUUACGAAACGUAUCUGGAAACUAUGGCGUCUGUUGCGAUUAUUUGAAUUGUGCAUUGAAAUUAUGCACAAGUCUUUCACGUACGCCUUUGGGCGUCAAAGCGCUCAGCCAAGGUGACAUACACCGCCAUCUGUUUAACCGCAUGCUCAACCCUCGCAUCACUAAUUUGACGGUUUGCAACACAGUUCGCACUGUUUUAUCAAACAUGGCAGCCGGGAGCGAUGAAGUUGCCAAAUUUCUUUGCGAGGCUGCCUUUGAGAGAGCAAGCGAUUCAUUACUUCAGGUGAACGCCUGGCAUGGGACGAUGAUUUCACAGAGCAAUCAAGACAUCUUACUUCUUAAAGAUUUGGUACACGCUAGUACAUAUCGCUUGGAAGCGGGAACGGCUUUGACUCCGGGCGGUGAGCGAUCAGCGCUCAUUUCCUUGGCGUGCACGACAUUAAAUUCUGAACAAUUGAGUUCAAAUGCAGUUCUCGUUGAGAACACUCUCCUCCCGGCUCUCGAUCUAGUGAAGCAAGCGAUGACGAACUCUAGCAUUCUGCAGGAAAUUGUCGCCGCAGCGAAAGUGUUGGACAAUUACAGCAUCGCAGAUAUGAAAGAAUCUGCGAAUAUGUCUGGUUUAAUUCCUAUACUUGUAUCUGCACUCCACUGCGGUUCAAAGUUUGUUCGUCGAGAAGUUCUACAAAUUUUUGGUCUCGUGUUGCGGCAAGACGAUGAGAUGAACGUCGAGGUUGGAAGCCUUCUCAUCGAUUCAAUAAAAAGCAUCGAACAGGAAUCGUAUGCGGAUUAUCUCAGCGCCCUGAGUCUCACGCUUCGUAGCGAGUCAAUCAUCAUGAAGUUGAAUGACACUCGCAAACUCGUGGACAUUUUACUAUCGAUACUUCAAAAAGAAUUGGAUAUUGGUUGCAAGUUCACCGCAUCCGACAAGGCGCUUUUCGCAUCAACGAAUGUUGACAUCGGAUCUGGAUUACAUGCGAUUUCGAUGCUCUUAAGGGAUACUUUCAAGGAGUCCACAAAAUUUAUGAAAGAGUUCAACAAAACUGGAUUGGAGACGCUCGUCCGCUCUGUCUUGUGUGCGCGUACUUUGCAAAUUUGUCAAAUGCCUAGCGCUGUGAAUGCCGCUGAGACGUUUGAUGAACUUCUAUCAUUCUGUUUGGAGUCAUCAGAAUCGAUGCAGCAAGAAGUGGCGAAGAUUUGCGUCAAAAUUGCUCGAGCGCAUGUUCGACCCCAAGUUGACAAGACGCGUCUGCCACUGUGCAUCAUAUUGAAUGAACUUGCGAUGUUGGUAUUACCUCGAGCUCCGCCAUCGAAGGUGUAUCUUUUACGACUACUGAAAAGUGCGAGUCAAGAAGAGUUCAUUCCCGGCACGAUGGCGCGAAAUCCAUACUCGACUGCACAAAUGAGCGCGCAGCCGUUGAUGAGAGAUGUCAAGAAUCUCAUCUGUCAUGAGUUGGAAAUGUUAGGCCUGCUCGAAGAUGAUUUUGGGAUGGAGUUAUUGGUUUCGAAUCAAAUAAUCAGCCUUGAUCUCUCCGUGGAAGAUGUUUUCGAACGAAUUUGGAUACCUUCAUUAUUCAAUGGCACUCAGCGACGUCAAAAUGUUUCUCCAAACGAUCCAAUCGGUCCACCAAUGGCGGUGACUUUCCGCCUGAGCGGUUUGGAUGGCGAAGCGACGGAAGAGCGCGUUGAUGAACUCGCGCCGGUACAAGAGGAAGACGAAGACAUCGAAACAAAGUUUGCUGGCACAAAUGUUUUCCAAGAAGAUGUUGGCUUUAAAACUUUGAUUCAACUGUUACCAAAGAUUCGGCACAAUUCAUCUGCAUUGUACGCCGGCGGUGAAGACGCUUCGGCAAAACUUCUUGAAAUCCUUCGAUCAGCAUGCUACGUGAAGAAGAAUAGACAACAUAUGCUCGCGAUUGGAGCGCUCGCAAGUUUACUUGACGAAGCCGCGCGAGCUUUCACUGAGAACUCGCGUUCAGGCAAGGGACUCCUUCUCGUCAUUGAGACGCUGUUGCGCGAGGAACAAGAAGACACUUCCCACGGAUCAAUGAGUGAAUUGAAAGCGUCAGCAUCGACGAGCAGUAUGCUCGCUCGCGAAUUAGAAGAGAGCAGCGAAACAGCGCAUCGUCCUGGUUCACCGCGCCUUCAAAAAAGUAGUUCUUCGCUGCAGACGAUUGCGAUAGCGGUGCGCGAGCACGAGAUGAAUCACGUUGAAAUUUUCCUGUCUCAACUCAAGCAGCUCAUUCGAGCACGAGAGAGGCAUGAGGCCGAUAUCCUCGCGCGUGUGAUUCCAAGGCUCGCGGGAUCAACCGUUGAAUCAAAAGCAAUCAUGGCGAAGAACUUUGACGCUUCCAUUCGUAAACUUGUACGUCUUGACGAGAUGAGCGAGGAAGACUCUCAGCACGGUGCGCUACAGCUCGAGCUCGAAUGUGCAACGAGAUUGGCUGAAGCGAUCCCGCGAGAUUUUUCAGGUCAACGCGUGCUUGAAGCGAUAUGGUCACAAGGAACUGUGUCGUUUAUCACGAAUUACAUCGAAGCUGAAGCUUUCGGGGCAGAAAUGUCUCAAGAUCGUGGUUCUGACGCGUGGAAUAAGGCGAUGAAGCGGAGUGGCUUACCGCUUGCGCUCGAGCUUUUGAACGGAAUCACACUGGGCUACACUCUCGACGUCACCAAACAUCCGACACUGCUUGACUUACUACAUAAACUUGAAUCAGUCACCGAGCGUGAUAUUGGAACUUUGGCAGAGAACUGUCUGGAGACGUUUGCGAGCGGAUCCGAGUUGGUACAGAAACAUUUGGAUAAUUUGCGAGCAGAGACGAAAGAAGCGAAUCGUCGCAAGGCACUCGCAAAGCGCCAACAAAUGCUCACUGAAAUGGGCAUGACAGUAGUCAAAAACUCCUCGAGUCCGGGAGCGUCUACCAUCGGCGUCUCUCACUCUCCCAGAUCUCUGCGAGGGUACGACUCGAUGGCUAUGGAAAGCGAACAAGACUCAAUUGUUUGUAGAGUUUGCUUUGAAGGAUACGUGUUGAAACCGAACGAGCUUCUCGGGAUCUAUUGCUUCAAUAAACUUGCAUCAACUCCAUCUGCGAACGGAGAUAUGUCUCAGACUGUAUGCACUGUAUCGCACUUCAACGCGAUUCACUUUUCGUGUCACCAAUCCGCCAAGCGCGCGGACGUCGCGUUGAGAACUCCCAAGCGCGAGUGGGAAGGCGCUGCGUUACGCAACAGUGAGACACUAUGCAACAACUUGCUACCGGUGAUGGGGAAUAUGGUCACAGAUGCUUCAUACGCCGCCGCGGUAGAUGCGUGGUGGCAAAAUUGCUUCUCUGUCGGCGCGUUCAUUUCGCCGCCGACGCGCGCGCGACAAGUCGCUUGGGACGUCAGCCUACUUCUCGGUCGAUUCGCCAUGGGGGCGUCGUUCAGCGCUGACUGUCGUGGCGGUGGAAAAGAUAGCAACAUGAGUCUCCUUCCGCACCUCGUGCGAUUGCUCGUCCAUCAAGUCUCAUUGUGCCCGCAGAAAGGAUUGGAAGAGUACAACGCCGUGCUAGCCCGCCUUUCGUGCGAAGAUGAGAUAUGGAACGAUCGCGAGUUUAGCUUUUCACCGCUCCUACCGGCAGCACUCGUGCUUUCGCUCGCGGUCUGGUCGCACGAUCAAUGGGAAGCGUCUCGACGCAACGCGCUGAUAGCGAUUUUGAGGCACACGAAGAAGUACGAAUGCGCGAGAAUCGCGACGUACCCGGCGAGCGUCGACGUCUCUGCGAGCGUUCCGUGGGAACAGCUUAACGAACUCGAUCGCUACGCCAAGCUAAAACCGAUGUUGAUUUAUUUCGGUUUGGUGAACAAAAUGUUUGAGUGGUUCAAACCUAAACGUCGACCGGACCUCGGAAACGCGGUGACCAUCGGCAAAGCGCCGGCGUCCACGACGACGGGCUCGCCGGAAGCCGUCACCCUGAACGAGCGACUCCACGAUAUCCCUUCCAUGAUAUCCGGUGCGAAAGACACUCUCGAAUGGCUCGACGAAGCGAUGGACGCGGAAGAUGCGCAAGAGCUUUUAGACGUGUGUGAGAUCCUCUCCGACGCCAUGUGCCCGACGGUGAACGAUUUCAUCCUCGAGGCGUUGCGCGCGGAGUGUUGA